AUGGCAGCCACCUCCCUCGCCACCUCCUUCAUCUCCCUCCCGCUCGAACUCCGCACUCUCAUCUACACUUACAUCUUCCCCUCUCCCACCAUCCCAAUCAUCCUCAGCGACGACACCUCCAACCACGACCUGGGCGACUACGGCGGCAUCCUCCACGACAGCGCUUCCACCAAAGCCAUCGUAGACGAUGCGCGCGCUGCCUAUUUCGGCCCUUACCGAUACAUCGUACAAAAUUCACGAUGGGUGUUUCCUUAUACUAUCUGCUCUCGCGGAAAAGACGGGCAAGGCGUGGACGUGGUUGAUAUUGCGGAUAUUGAUGCUCGUCGCUAUGUCUGCAAAGUGGAUUUUCAUGUCGCAGCACCCUCGGUGGAUGAUAAUGGUAUGGCGAGUUUCCGUGCUAGAUUGGAACUGCUACGGCGAUAUCCGAGGCUAGAGGAUUUGACGUUGUACGUGGAGAGUGAUAAGGCGUGGAAAGAUAGCUUGAGCAAAAAGAGCGCGCUUCGGUGUUUGUCCAUUGUGAAGAAGAUGCUCGAGAAGUUGGAGAUGGCGGAGUAUGCUGUGGUUUUUAGGGUGAAAGCGAAACAAGGAGGAAGGAUCUAUGGACCUGAUAUUUGUGAUACUUUGGGGGACUUGGAGGGGCUGGUGAAGAAUUUGUGGCAUUGGCGGUCGACGACGGAGAUUCUGGCAGAUCAGGAGGUUCGGGAUGGCUUUGAGAGGUGGUGGGAGAAGGGGGUGCUAUUAUGA